AUGCCGCCAAAGCAAGUAUGCAAAUUCUUUCAACAGGGAAACUGCCGAUUCGGUAACUCGUGCAAGAACAUCCAUCCGUCCGGCGGCGUCAACGCAGCCUUCAAAGCUUUUCAAGACAAAUCUCCAAGUGACUUGGCCAACACCAUCAAAACAGACCUUAAUGAACUACCGACCUUCCAUUUUAAGCCUACUUUGACAACUUACGGUCUCAAUGAACAUACAGCGAAUAGUUUGAUCGAAGGCAGAGACUUGUCUCCAGAAGAGCAAAGGCUCCAGUAUAUGGAAGCAGCAGCCAACAAUACGCUUGACGCGUAUAACAGAAACAUUGAGUUGCGCCAAAAGGAUAUGGAGUAUUGCGUCGAAGAAAUCAAAGCCAAGGAUAGCCUUGCUGCUAGGUACCAGCAGGUUGGAGCUACGCGGAAAGAGCUGAUCAAGCCGUUUAUCCCGAAAAGUCUAGAACAGAGUAUUAACGAUCUACAGAAUAGCAAUUCCACCGGGUUCGGUGGCUCGUCCGCUUUUGGCUCGUUCGGCGGGUCUGGGAAUUCAGGCUCUUCUGGGUUUGGAUCUUCUGGGUUCGGUUCUUCGGCUUUUGGUGGUGGAGGUGGUUCUUCAGGCGGUGCCUUUGGCGCACAGAACACUUCGACGUUUGGGCUGCAAAAUACCCAGCCUUCGGCGUUUGGGCUGCAAAAUACACAAAAUUCAGCAUUUGGGCUGCAAAAUACAGCACAGACAUCAGCAUUUGGGCUGCAGAACACUGGAGGAGCGUUUGGUAACCAGAAUUCGGCUGGGUUUGGCCAGUCAGGGUUUGGAAAUACAGGUGAUAAAGGGGGUAGUGCUUUUGGUUCGUCUCCGUUUGGAGGGCUGAAUAAUGCUAAACCUUCAAGUGGAUUCGGUUCUCUGGGCUUUUCUUCUAAUAAUAAUGCAUCAGGUGGAGCUUUUGGGGGAGCCUUUGGCUCGCAGGCUACGUCAGGAAAUACUGGAGGAGCGUUUGGAUCGCAAAGUACUUCAGGAAACAGUGGUGGAGCAUUUGGGUCACAGAGUACUUCAGGAAGUGGAGCAUUUGGGUCACAGAGCAGCGGCGCCUUUGGGUCUCAAAACAAUAAACCAGCAACAACACAGCCUGCUCAACUGAGCAGUGGUUUCGGACAACUGGGAUUCGGACAACUGGGUUUUGGCCAAUCUGGUUUUGGACAAUCUGGCUUUGGCCAGCUGGGAUUCGGACAAUCAGGAUUUGGUGGUUCUGGAAGCGACAACAAGACAGGCUCAGCGUUUGGUCAGUCAGCAUUUGGCUCUUCCAACCAGUCCAACAACACAUCUGCAUUUGGCUCUUCUAACCAGACCACAUCUGCAUUUGGCCAAAGCGGGUUUGGACAAAAACCAGCUACUGAAUCUUCACCAUUUGGCCAAGCAUCAACAAACACCAACGCCAACCAAGGCUUUGGAGCCUCUCAACCGUCACAAACAUCCGCUUUUGGCCAAUCAGGGUUCGGUUCAGCCAAACCAAGUGCUUUUGGCAGCAGCCAGCCUCAAUCUACAACAUCAGCAUUUGGCCAAACCACUUCCCAGCCAGCGCAAAACCCAUUUGCUCCAGCCCAACCUUCCAACGCUGCAGGUACAGCUCAAACAGGUACAACAAACAACCAACCCAAUUCUUCAGGGUUUGGAGGGUUCACCAGUGCUCCAAGUAACGCUCUGCCCUUUGGAGCUGCUCCAACAACAGCACCAGCACAACAAACUCCACAAACCAGCGCUUCUUCAAGCUCUGGCGAUGUUUAUCCUGACGCAUACAACGAACGCCAGUUCGAGCUUGGUCUUCUGCUCUUCACAGAGUUCAAAAGCAAGUACAUCCAAAUGUCCGUUUGUCCUGAAUGCGGCAAGUUGGCUGACAAGUAUAUUGAGUUUGACUAUGUCAUUCUCUUUUUGGAUGUGCUUCUUUUGAAGCCCCAGGCGUACCGCCAUUUGGCGUAUAACGUCGUGGAGGAAGCGAUCUUCGCCAAUAAGAAAGCUCUUUCCUUUUUUGAAAGGUAUAAACUGCUUUUGCGUUAUGCUGCGUUGACGGUGCUUUUUGAAGUGUACCUCAAUUGGGCAUAUGAAGAGAAACACGAAACACAUAGCGUUAUUGUGGAACGUGUUUUGCAGAAACCGGUUCCGCUUCAGUACUUGUUCUUCAUUUAUCAGCAAUUGGCCGAAAGGAUCGUGCUUUGCACGCUUAUCGAUACGUGUUUCAGGACAUUCAUUGGCUGGGGGAAGGAACCCAAUAGGAACCUACCGCCGGCGCUUCAACGGGGGUACCUUAUAUCGGUGCUUUUGCUGACGGUGUUCAUGUCGUUGUCGAUUAAAUGCAUUCCGAUUAUCAUGUUGAUUUGGCCGUAUGAUAAUCAUAGUGUUGCUUCCAUUGUGGUUGAUAUCUUGGGCCUUGUCAAUACUAUUGAAGCGCUUCGAAUUAAUAUUGGAUCUUCGUAUUUGCUGACGUCAGCCAUUGUCGUUGGCGCUUCAAUCGUGCUGGUUUUGUUUCGGAAACUUGCAAUCAGCGUCGACUGA